CCCUCUCCGGCUCUCCCCCACGGUUGCCGGACCUCGCCGUCCGCCCGGCGAGCUUGUUGGGCUGUGUAGGCGAUGGGCCUGACCACGGGAGCGUCUUCCCCUGCCGGCCACUAGCAAGCGAAUCAGCCCACUGGCCUAGAACUGCUCCGGUCACUGCCGAGAAGACGGGGCUGCUCAGAUCGGCGGCGAUGGCGAUCCGGCACUACUGGUCGAUGGCCGCGGCGGCCGUCGGGUUCCGCCUCGUCCUGGUGCUCUUCGGCGGGGACCUCCACCUUUCCUCCCGCCCGGAGGUCUCCACCCCCCUCACAUCCCUCCGCCGCCUGGCAGAAGGAUACUGGCUGAAGCAGGCGUCCAUGUCCCCCUAUUCCGGUUCCAUGUAUCAUGGUUCUCCUUUGCUGCUAUCGGUUCUUGGCCCAUUAACCAGCAAAAGGUCAGGUGGACACCACGCCCACAUAUAUUGCAGUUUGGUUUUUGUGGCUGUAGAUUUUAUAGCUGCUAUGCUCAUCCGAUCAACUGGGCGCACACUCCAAAUAGCACGCGGCAAAAGCUUGAAGUCCCUUGACCUCGCAAAAUCAGUAAACGAUCCAGUGAAUGCAAGUGCGGGAGAUACUGCUUCUCUAAUAUAUUUGUGGAACCCUUGGACAAUAAUCACCUGUGUGGGUUCAUGUACGUCACCAAUCGAGAAUUUAAUGGUUGUGGUAAUGAUAUAUGGAGCAUGUUCCCGUCUCGCGCCACUCGCUGCCUUUGGUUAUGUUAUGGCAACACACCUUUCUCUUUAUCCUGCAAUCCUCAUUUUACCGGUUACUCUUUUACUGGGUUAUGGCCCAGAUACUCCUCCAGCCAAAGUUUUUCUUCAAAAAGGAUUAAGUGCCAGUGAAGUUGACAUUUCGGAUCUUGGAAAAAGUACUAGCCAAAGAGGUUUUGGACAAAUCUCAUGGAAACCAGUACUCCACUUCAUGUUGUGGGUGUUUAUCUGGUCAUGUUAUGUGCUGGUAUUGAACAGCAUUAUUCUAAAUAAAGCGGGUGGCCUUCAGGAGAUGUUUGAAAAGACAUAUGGUUUUAUCCUUACAGUGAAGGAUUUAUCACCAAAUAUUGGCGUGUUAUGGUAUUUCUUUGCCGAAGUCUUCGACUUCUUCAGAAGCUUCUUCCUUAUAGUCUUUAAUAUGAACAUUAUCUUUAUGGUCUUGCCGUUGGCAAUCCGUUUAAAGCAUCGACCGUGCUUCCUCGCCUUUGUUUACACAGCAAUUGUCGCCAUGUUGAAGUCUUAUCCCUCGGCUGGAGAUUCAGCUCUAUAUCUAGGACUUCUGGGCUUAUUUGCCAAUGAAUUAGCAGAGAUGCAAUUCACCUUCUUCUUGUUUUUCGGAUAUAUCGGAGUCUCACUCCUGAGCCCUGUCAUGCACAACCUAUGGAUCUGGAGGGGUACUGGUAAUGCAAAUUUCUACUUUGCUACUGGCUUGGCUUAUACCUGCCUUCAGACCGUGUUGGUCGUAGAGACUGUAAGUUCGAUGAUAAAGCAUGACAGGAAACUAAGGCUACUGAUAAAAACUUAACUGCAUUCCUCAGAAGUUCAACAACGCAGAUGCUUUCCUUGCUGGUUCACUAAGACGCGAAGUUGCGGAUGGUUGAUUAUUCUGGGAUUUUGGGUAGAUUAGUUGCAGGUCCUGAUUAGUUGAUAAUGUUCCACAUCAUGUUGUACUAUACCUCCCACAUUUGUAAAUUAUAUGGGCCACAGUUUCUUAACCAAGAUUAGAGAGAAUCUAGGUUUCUUCCUCAACUAUAGCUCCCGUACUGAGUUCCUCUAUGGAUCCUGUGAUUACUGCUUUAUCUGAUCGGACAUGGUGGAAUUAAUCAUUGGUAUAAUCUGUGCCAUCA